GUUCCUCCUUCCUUAUGAUACCGUCUACACUGUGCUUGAGGCACUACAACCGUGAGGGUUGAGAUGGUUAUUUAUUAACUUGUGCAAUAGAAGUUGGGACGUUUGUUUGGUGUCAAGGACUCCUAAAUUGUCGCACAUCAGGCCGUAUCAGACCUGUAUUUGAUAAGAUGUGGUCUCAGGGAUCCCCAUCUGAUAUUCCAUAACUGUCUAUACUAUAGAUUGGCAGAUUAACAAUGAAUAGUGUGAAACCUAUGAGUAGAAUAGUCAUUUUUAUACAUUCUUUCAUUGGACUAACUUCUAGACAAUGAAAUAAUACUGAAAUUAAAAUAUUCCCCAUUUUUCUGGGGGUCCCUGGAACCCCCUCAAGGCCCCCUGGGGGUUCCCGAAACCCAGGUUGAGAACCUCUGAUUUCGGGAAUGGUCUUUUGGAGUUACAAGCCAAAACUAAUAUCGGUCAUGUAUGAUAAGUUUCUAUUGUUGAAAAUUGGCAUUUAUUUCAUGUUGGACACUCAAGUCUCAAUAUUAGACUGUGAAUGUCAAAGAAUCUGUGUAGCAUAUCAACAAGAUACUUUAAUUUCAUGACAAGUGUAGAAGUGGAGAUGAUAAAUGUCACAGUCAGUGCUGACUGACGUGUGUAGGAUGACUCAAUCAGAGCCAAGUCAGUGAUGGUGAUUACCAGUAGCAGGUGGUCAGAGUCACAGUGUUUGCUUCCAUCUAGCGGUGAUAGCGAUAAAUGGCAUAUUGCUCCAAUGAGGAGGAGGCAAUGAAAAUAUGCAAUGCCGUUGCACUUGCUGAGACAUACCGAGAUUAUUAGCUCUUUUUAUCUGCAGCCAGUGUAACAUACAGCAGACCCUGUUUAUUUGUGUGUUGUAUUCACUCCCACUGUUGAAUUUGAACUCGACUGAGAAAGGUGGAGGCUGUGCAGAUAAAUGCUGUGACACCAGCAACAGGUAGAGUCGCUUUUACAUUCCUUAGCUUGUAAGACAACAACACGUUUGUUCCUAGUGGAAGUACGGAAGUUCCCUGCUGCCUGUUCAACAGCACUCAUGUCGUUUUAUAGUUGGGCAUAUCGAUGAGCUGAUUGAAAGGAUUUUGGAUCAGGCUUUUUUUCUUUCUUUUUUUUAAUCCGGGAAGUCGCAUCUGCAUUCAGCACCUACUCAUCAUGCCCGUCCACAGGAGACAGCCCAGUAUUGAACUGCUGGAAUUCAUGGGAGUGGUGAGAGAGAACGGCAAUGAACAGACAUCCCUUCCUCCUGUGCUCACUCCACUAUCAUACGACUAUGUCCUGGUUGCUAAAACAAGCGAUAAGCAGGAGAGAGAGGCUUUCAAGAAGCAAACCGAAUACAUUGAAGAACUCAAAAAAAAGAACUUGAAAGUGACAAAAAUUAUAGAUGACGAUCUAGUCUUCUAUGGGAUUCAAGCGCCUAAAGAGAUUUUCGAGAAGUACAGGUAUCUACUCAAAGUGUCUGAUGCCUGUAACUGGAGCUCGGAUCAGAACAUUGUGCCUCUCAGCACAAGGAUAAGGAUUGUCCACUUCAUCUUGAAUCACACCCCUAUCCGUACAGGAGAGGGUCUGCGGGAUCUCAUGAAGCUGAAGGUUUUUGAGGCAAGGUUCUGCUUGCAUGAGAAAAAGAAACAGCGAGAGCUGAAGGAGAGCUGGGCUCGAUGGACAGCCUGUCUCCAAGGGCAACCCAUAAAUGCUGUCAGGAACUACUUUGGGGAGAAGGUGGCCUUGUACUACCUGUGGCUGGGCUGGUACACGUUUCUGCUCAUCCCACCUGCUCUCAUUGGGGUCAUUGUCUUCCUUUAUGGCCUUGCUUUCUUCAACAGCUCACCACUCAUAAAGGAGGUUUGUGAGGCGAACACAGUCAUGUGUCCACUCUGUGACAAGAGAUGCAAAGUGUGGCAGCUCUCCGACACCUGCACAUAUGCGAAGGUGAGCCUGCUGUUCGACAAUAAUGGCACAGUGCUCUUUGCGAUGUUCAUGGCAGUGUGGGCAACGCUGUUUUUGGAAUUCUGGAAGAGACAUCGAGCUUCUUAUGUGUGUGAAUGGAAAGUGUCUGAUUGGUGUGAGGAGGAGGAGGAACUGAUCCUGGAAAUUGUGAACAAUGCCAACUGUGAACCCAAAAAAUAUAAACACUCCUAUCUGCGCAGCACUUUGGUUUUGAUCUGCGUUACAGUUAUGAUACUGGUGAUCAUUGGCCUGACACAUGCGUUGGUGGUGUUCAGGGUGAUCGCAGCAGUGCUCCUGACUGAAGGAUCAUGGGAGUUCCUCCGCAACCACUCCAACAGCGGAGCAAUGAUGCUGGGGGCCGUCUUCCAUUACUUCAUCAUCACUGUCAUGACGCGGGUCAACAGGAUCGUAGCCAUGAAGCUCUGUGAAAUAGAGAAAACAAGAUCAUUUGCUGCCACAGAGAAGAGUUUCACUGUCAAGAUGUUCACCUUUCAAUUCUUCACCUACUUCUCCUCGCUCUUCUACGUAGCCUUUUUCCUUGGCAGGAUAAAUGGCCAUCCUGGUGGUUAUGUGCGAAUUGCAGGGAAAUGGAGGUUAGAAGAAUGUCACCCUAGUGGAUGUCUCACAGACCUGUUUAUCCAAAUGGCGAUUAUAAUGGUUCUCAAGCAAACCAUCAGCAAUGUAUUUGAGUUCACUGGCCCCUGGCUCUGCAGGUGGUUGAAGAGGAGAAGAACCCAGAAGCUACAGAGGAAAUGUGCCCACUGCUACCUGAAAGAUGAAUUAGAGACCAAACAUGGAGCUGAACUGUGUGACAACUGCAAGCUUCGAGACUGGGUCAGCAACUACCGCCUCAAUGACGUGGACUCCUUCAGCCUAUUCAAUGAGUUUCUGGAAAUGGUGAUCCAGUUCAGCUUUACCACCAUAUUUGUGGCAGCAUUUCCUCUUGCUCCUCUACUGGCCCUCAUUAACAAUAUCAUUGAGAUACGCUUGGAUGCAAUUAAGAUGGUCACUCUGGAGCGCAGAAUGGUUCCCAAGAAAACCAACGACAUUGGUGUGUGGAUAGACGUGUUGGAGGCUAUUGGUGUCUUAGCCGUCAUUGCAAACGGGCUGGUUAUUGGUGUAUCUUCGGACUUCAUCCCUCGGCUGGUGUACCGUUACUACUAUGGCCCAUGUAGUAAUGGCACAGUGACAGAUAUUGACUGCAUGGUUGGUUACAUCAACAACACCCUAUCCAUUGCCCGAUUGGAUGACCAGAACAUAGACAACGAGUUUGCAGCUGAUCAGAUGAUGACUGCUAGUGGCUUGAAUGUCUCUUACUGCAGCUAUAAAGACUACAGGAGCAAUGAGGACUACAGUCUUACCCCACAGUUCUGGCUAAUUUUAGCUGUGCGCUUUGCAUUUGUCAUCCUGUUUGAGCACGUUGUCGUCAUAUGCAAGUUCAUUGCAGCCUGGUUUGUUCCGAGCGCUCCCAUGCAGGUCAAGAAUGACAGACUCUUUGAUAAACUCAACAGACUAAAAGAGGAGCUCAGGUCAUUUGAAGCAUGACAGCGUUCAAACACGUUAAUGGAGCAACAUUUUCCCUGAGAAGGAACAUGAACCCAGUGAUGCCUUGUGCAUUAAAGUGUCCAGACUGACAGUGUUGAGUGAGCUUCAAAGCCAUCAAUUAUCACUCUGAAGAGUUCAGAUAAAGGGCUCUCACUCUCUUUUAUUGUUUGAAGUCAGAUGUUAAGUGCUGGCCAGCUGGAUUCUCAUAUGGACGUUGAAGACAGACUUCUUUUCUUGGAGUGUACAGUAACUGAUUUUACUGACCAUGUCUGUCAUGAGAUUAUUCUUAUUCCUAUAUUAUUUUAAGAUUGCACUCAAUAUUUGUGACUUGUAUGUGUGUUUUUAUUGAAGGCCUCGAGAUAAUUUAUACUGCUACUGCACAUACAACACUGAUUGUGUAUUACUGUACGAUGUUGCCUUAUAUCGUAAAAAGCGCUGUGAUGAUUGUCAUUGUUGCAGGCAGACUCUUGACGGUGUCUUUUGUAAAUCAGACACAAGAAUGUUUUGCAUUAUAACAUUUUAUAUUAUUGAAUAAAUGAGGAAAGUGAUGUCCUCUUGAAAUGUCUUUUAAAUUUAAGUUUGUCGAUUAAAAAGAAGUGUUUAGAAGAUAAUUAAGAAAUAUUAAAACAUUUUGUAGUACAGAUUUAUGAGUAAAAACAUUUUGUGCUAGUGUAUUAUGCCUUUUUGCCUCAAUAACAGCCACAGUUAUUUGAGUGUUGUCUUCAGAGCCGCAGGUAGGCUACUAUUGAGGACACCAAGGUCAUCUCCUAAGUAUUGUUUUGUGGAAUUUGGGGGUUUAAUAAAUUUACAUUCUGUAAUUACACAAAAACACACACUGUGUCUUUUCAAGGCUGAUUUUUGUAUUUCUUAGACUUAAUCCUGUAUAUUUGUAAGCACAAAAUAUUAAAAUGUCUCUGCCAGAAA